GCCAUCAAGUUCGAGCCCCGGAAGAGCGACGCUCCGCAAUUGCGCGAUGAGUACCGCACCUACAAGAUACUGGUUGGCUGCCGUGAGUUCGCUUCUCUUUCUUUCCUAUGCGGCCUCCGUGGUGUCCCCCUUGGCCAUGACCAGCGACGACGAGGGCUCCACACGGUGAAGUCCAGAUGGCACAGGCAGACCAAGGACGAGACUGAGGCAGAGCGGGACCGUCAUGGCAUGGCAUUACCCCCUCUUGCCCUGUACUCCAUUAUUUCGUCCAUUGGCCCUUGCCUGUCUGUCCAUUUGGGUCUUUCGUGAAGGCCAUGUCCCCACGUUAUCUCAUUCAGCCACGUCCUCUCCAGCUAUUCAUUCAUCCAACCGCACUUUGACUGACUUUGUUACAGCUGGCAUCCCCAAUGUCUACUACUUUGGCCAGGAAGGCCUGCACAACAUCUUGGUUAUUGAUCUACUCGGACCUAGUCUGGAAGACCUGUUCGACCACUGUAACCGAAAGUUCUCCAUCAAGACAGUGGUAAUGGUCGCAAAGCAGAUGCUUUCACGAGUGCAAACAAUCCACGAAAAGAACCUGAUCUACCGAGAUAUCAAGCCAGAUAACUUCCUUAUCGGCCGGCCUGGCUCCAAGUCGGCUAAUGUCAUCCAUGUUGUUGACUUUGGCAUGGCAAAGCAGUAUCGUGAUCCAAAGACCAAGCAGCACAUCCCAUACAGGGAACGCAAGUCGCUUUCGGGCACAGCACGAUAUAUGAGUAUUAAUACACAUCUUGGACGGGAGCAGUCACGGCGAGACGACCUGGAAGCCCUGGGCCACGUCUUCAUGUACUUCCUGCGAGGCGGCCUUCCCUGGCAGGGACUGAAGGCUGCUACCAACAAGCAGAAGUAUGAGAAGAUUGGAGAGAAGAAGCAAACCACCGCUAUCAAGGAUCUGUGUGACAAUUUCCCUGAGGAAUUUAACAAGUACCUCAGCUACGUCCGAAACCUCGGCUUUGAGGACACCCCAGACUAUGAUUACCUCCGUGAACUCUUCACCCAGGCUCUCAAGAGCACUGGCGAAGUUGAGGAUGGCGAGUAUGACUGGAUGAAGCUGAACAACGGAAAGGGUUGGGAGGCCAUGAAAGCGCACCCUUCGGCUGCCCACCUCCACCACGCCAAUAUCAACCAAAACUCUUCAACAGCCGUCAAUCUCCAUGGCCAGCAGAUAAGGCAACAUAAAACCCAACUCCCAAUCGACCCAAGACGGCUCGACGCAGAACUACCGCCAACGAAGCCAGGAGCGACCCGGGGCAUGCCUGGAAGAAGCCCAGGGGGCAUGAAUCAAGCAAAGUACCAUCCAGACGCAGUCAAGAGGAAGAGCAUGGGGGAGCUAGCACCUCCAGAGGGAUCUACUCAAGCACAAUUCCAACACAGCCAGCAGAACCUAAACUCACUACGAGCAACACCGGCUCAGACAAAUGCGGUGCAACCGCGGAGGUCGGAGCCUGAGAAACCGGGUUUUGUAAAGAAACUCAUGAACAUCUUGUGUUGUGGUGGCGGUAAUGCCUAAUGCAGUUCUUGCACCCCUCUGGGCGUCGGUGCAGCGCGUCUUCCCUUUCAUGUUGUUCUCUUUCUCUCUGCAUCCAGGUGUUCCUGAGCGAAGCCCGUAUUUCAUA